GAAGAGUUUUGCUAAAUAGUUUUGAUACAAACACCUUGAACGUUAUCAAUAUAUCAUUGAUCGAAUUCGGAAUGUAAUUUCAGUUAAAGUGUUAUGACACCUUAAUACUGCAGUGACGCUGACUAAAAAACGCUUCCUUCGAGUCCAUCCAUGAGCAAUACGUGUGUAUGGGUUGAACUUUGACACACUGGGCAGCUUGUGCAUUGUGUGAUUUGUUUGAAGCGAAAGAUGUCGUCCAAAAAGGUGGUGGAGUUGUUUUACGACGUGGUGUCUCCAUACUCCUGGCUUGCGUUUGAGGUCAUGUGUCGCUACAGAACUGUGUGGAACAUUGACCUCAAACUGCGACCUGCAUUCCUGGGCGGGAUAAUGCAAGCUGCUGGCAACAAACCUCCUGGUCUGGUCCCGAACAAAUUCGCAUACAUGCACGAGGAUCUGGGCCGAUUGGCAAUGUAUUUUAAUAUCCCCUUGCACCCUCCUGCAGACCCCUUCGAAGCCAUGUUCGAUAAAGGUUCCUUGACUGCAAUGCGUUUUGUGCAAGCAGUGCAGGAAAAAGAGACUGGUGGAGACCAACUGGUAGAGAAGGUGUCAAGAGAGCUUUGGAAAAGAAUCUGGAGUGAAGAUAAAGACAUCACUCAGCCUGCGUCACUGGCUGAGGCUGCACAGAAAGCCGGCUUGAGCAGCAGCCAGAUUGAGGAGUUGCAGAAGCUGUGCACCACCAAGGAAAUCAAAGACAAGCUGAAGAGCAGCACACAGGCCGCAAUGGAUUACGGGGCGUUUGGCUUCCCCAUGAUUGUGUGUCACAUCAACGGGAAAUCAGAGAUGUUUUUUGGGUCGGACAGAUUUGAGCUUAUGGCCCACUGCCUUGGUGAGAAAUGGCUUGGACCUCAGCCUUCUCGGCCUGAAAAGUCAUCUGCCAAACUGUGAGCUGAAAAAAACUGCCCUUGAGCACUAAUGUGGUUGUGAUUCAACAAUACAUUCAUUUGCUUUGCUUAUUCAAUCACAAUAGUCAAUGACAAAUAACCACUUUUAUCCAAAUAGUACGCACAUUGCUGUUGAAUAAACAUCUCUUGAAGAG